UCCGAACUGGUUUCAGUGCGCGUCGUUUCACGAAGAAGUCUUUCAGUAACGGACUAACCGUCGAAUAGUUAACACCGAUCUACUGAGUGACUCUUGGUCGAGACCUCAACUAUACAGAAGCGAUCAUCGAAUAAAGCAGAAAGGAAGCAUGAACAUCAGGCUAAUACUGAUAUGCACGAUCCUCGUCCUGUUUGUGUUUGUUGAUAUCGGCGAUGGAAAAGCGAGCAGACGGAGAACCGGAAGUUCCGGUGGAUGGUUUGGUUCUGGAUCACGCUCGAGGACAACCUCGCGUCCUCGCACCUCCCAAACGUCUCACGGUACCUCCCAUCAGCAACCGAAUCAAGGAGGAUCUAGCCCGGAUAAAAUAGGAUGGAAUGUACCAGACAAAACUCCUACUGGAGCCAAUAAGCCUGUGAAACCGUCCGCUCCUGUGAACGAGCACAGUGCCAAGGCCAGCGCGUCGAACGUGCAGUCUGGGUACACUCCUUCAGGAGGAUAUCCUCGUCAACCGGCCAGCAAUCCCUACCAGACAAACGCCAAUCCUCAAGCAAGUCAUCCAUACAAUCCUUCGGUAGGACAAAGCUAUAACCCAUCAGUGGGUCAAGGUUACAAUCCUUCGGUAGGAGGACAUCCACCCUACGCAGGACACCCGUCUUACAAUAAUCCAUCCGUUGGCGGAUACAAUCCUGGUUAUGGACAGCCAUCUUAUGGGCAGCCAUCUUAUGGGCAACCAUCUUAUGGGCAACCAUCGUUCGGCCAGUCUUUCAGUCCAUCCAUGGGACAGGUACCUCAACAAACGGUCCUGUUGCAACAGUCAUCGAGACCAGGGAUCGGGCAACUCGCGAAGGAAGCAUUUGUUUUCGCCGGUGUUAGCGCUGGUGUAAACGCUGCGGUAAACAGACUGAUACCAGGAGGCAUUUAUGGCACCAGAGGUACUAGUAGUGGAAGUGCUGCGCCAUCCCACACUGAGAUUACGUACAACAACUAUUACAACAAUGGAACAGCUCCUGUUGCUGCUCCGGCUCUAAACUCUGAACCAGCUGCCACGGGAGCAGUAGCAGCAGCUCCUGUUGCUGCACCAGCUGCUGCCGCUGCGCCAGCUCCUGCAGCUCAGCCAGCGGCUGAAGCACCACAGGCUGCGCAAAGUAACGCUGGUACCAACAGUGCACCACCUAGUAACUCUCAGGAGGCUGCGCAGAACAAUCCUAACCCACUUGGUUUCGUGACUUCUAACGAUGACAUUAAAAAGCUAACGGAGAGCCUGUUUGAAAAAGAGAGCAACAGCGCUUUCAAGUACAUAACAGUGAACUUGCAAGGACAGAAGAAGGAUGACAGCAUUACUGACGACGCUUCUGAACCUUUGUUGGACGUGAAAGCCGAAGCUUAUGAGAUUCCAACUGUAAAAGCUGUUCUAGCGUUGCACGAUAACUAUGAGUUUGAUGUCAAGACGAAAGAAACUGUCACCUCUGAAGAACGUAAAGAGGAAUCGGACCUUAUCGACAAGAUCCUCGAAACCGACGUCAUGAAAACCACUAUGAAGUUCCUUGCUGAGAAGGGAUACAUUCCAGAUGAUGAAUACGAGUUCAAAGAUAGUCUGAAACGCAUAUGGUUCUCCCAAUUUAAGCGAAUCGACGGAGAAGCAUCGAGUUCUGGCUUCGAGACAGUAUUUUUGGCAGAAAAGUUCGAUUCGGACAUAAUCGGUCUGCACGAUUGGAUUUACUAUGCCAAGCAAGAGGCUGAGAAGAACCUUAAUUAUCUUGGAUACAUCAAGGAAGUCAAACUGGGCGAUAAGGGUGCAGUUUUGAAAGUACGUUCGUCGCUGAACGAUAUAGUGCAACCAGUCACCACGGUCUUUGUUGGCACAUCACCCGAAUUGGAGUUUGCCUUAUACACAAUGUGCUUCUUCACUCGUCCUAACAAUGUCUGUCCAGUUUCACUUGGAGGAGCAGAGUUUAUGGUCAUUGUGAGCAGGGUCAACUACUUUGGAAAGGACAUAUUGAUUUCGGGUUACCCUGACAUUUAAUUUAAACGAUUUAGAUAAAUACUUUGCUCGAACAGUUUAUAAUUUCAGAACGAAGAUUACGAUCUAUUAGGGAAUUAGGUGUUUACUAUGUUUAGCCUGAUUACAGUAAAAUUUAAUUACUCAAGUUUAAUUGCUACCUAAUGGAUUUAGAGUGCAUUAUUCCGAGAUGAUGAUUAAUCCCUUAGCAAAUUCUGUUGCCACGGAGAGAUGCAUAAGUCUAACAAAAAUGCAUGGUCUCCAAAGAAACACAAUUUAAGAUUUUUUUUUUAAACAAUUAGUUUGUAAAUAAUUGUUUCAUUCGAUUUUAGUACAAUGUAUGGACCUUGUGUUAGAAAGAAUUUUAGAUAUCUUUUAUAUAAAAGUAUUAUGUAUUAAGGUUACAUACCGAACUGGUUUUUUUCUGUCGUUUUACCAAUUCGGAGAGCUCCAGUAUAGGUAUUAUAGACGGCCGCCCGUGAGCGCACCGAGUAGGAAUUUUUGUCUCCUUUAAUAAUUUGAAGAGCCACUUGCAUUGUCGCAGUGUGAGCGGUUCUCCAAAUUUUAUAGCUCCUAAAAUACUCGUACGUUAAACGAUAGUGAAUAUAUUGUAUAAAUGAAUGAGAUUGUUAUUGUAUUAAUAUUUGCUACUAAGAAAUAUAUACUCUGAAUAUUUUAAUUUUA